AUGGCAAAGGUAAACAGUGGAACAUUUUUGAGUCAAAUAGACAAGAUAGAAGCGAUUGAUAAGAAGAUAGAGAUUCUAAAGAAGAAGGCAAGAUCAGGAGACAAGUCAAGUGAGAAUGAAAUGGUGAGUGAGAUAGCACACAAAAAGAUCGAGCAAAACAUUCUCGACAUCAUUACAAGUAACACCCACUGUGUUCUGACGGAAAAGACAAUCUCAGUCACCGAUAACGGGAAAAUAACAGGAACGGGGGAACAGGCAUGUCGAUUUUUGAGAACACUAAGAAAAGGAAAGAAAUACGUCAUGAGAGAAAAUAACGAUGCAAACGUGAUCUACCACGAAACAGAUAUCAUGGUUUUGGACGACUUCAUGAGAGCACUUGAGGAGACAAGAGCAAAAGCAUUCUACGUGAAGAAGAUCGAAGCAGAGCUCAAGAACCCGGACAUUUCCGUUGCACUAAACCUCUCACUCAGGCAGCUUGACCCGACCGUCUGCGAAAGCCAAGACAUACAGUAUUAUAUCGAUGACGCGUCUAACAACCAAGAUAUCGGGGUUUCUGGGUGCGCUCUUAUAAAAAGCUACAAUCCGGAACCAACAAUCACGGAAAACAAUGGGAAAGUAUCUACAAAUACAAGUCAUCUGAUCAAUACAUCUUUGAUGAAUCAAAUUGAGUCGAUUAAGUACCCUACAUAUUACGUCGUUGCAGGAAGCUUUUCUGGGGUAAGAAACUACGAGAUGAAAAUCACUAUCGAGGUUGCUCUCUUUUCAGAAACGGUAAAUUAA